AUGGAGUUACAGCAGAGUCGUCCCAUUCCACCUACAUCCUCGUCUAGCCUCCUCCCAUCUGCUCAGCUGCCUAGCUCCCAUAAUCCUCCACCAGUUAGCUGCCAGAUUCCAUUGCUAGACAGCAACUCCUCCCAUCAGAUCAUGGACACCAAUGCUGAUGAGGAAUUCUCCCCCAAUUCAUACCUGCUCAGGGCAUGCUCAGGGCCCCAGCAAGCCUCCAGCAGUGGUCCUCCGAACCACCACAGCCAGUCAACUCUGAGGCCCCCUUUGCCACCUCCUCACAACCACACGUUGUCCCAUCACCACUCGUCUGCCAACUCCCUCAACAGGAACUCACUGACCAAUCGGCGGAGCCAAAUCCAUGCCCCAGCUCCAGCACCCAAUGACCUGGCCACCACACCAGAGUCCGUUCAGCUUCAGGACAGCUGGGUGCUAAACAGUAACGUGCCACUAGAGACCCGGCACUUCCUCUUUAAGACAUCCUCUGGAAGCACACCCCUGUUCAGCAGCUCUUCUCCAGGAUACCCUUUGACCUCAGGAACCGUUUACACACCACCACCCCGCCUGCUGCCGAGGAAUACGUUCUCCAGGAAGGCCUUCAAGCUGAAGAAGCCCUCCAAAUACUGCAGUUGGAAAUGCGCUGCCCUGUCCGCCAUCGCUGCGGCCCUUCUCUUGGCCAUUUUGCUGGCAUAUUUUAUAGCAAUGCAUCUGCUCGGACUCAAUUGGCAACUCCAGCCGGCAGAUGGACACACCUUUAACAAUGGCGUAAGGACCGGCUUACCAGGAAACGAUGAUGUGGCAACAAUGCCAUCUGGAGGCAAAGUGCCUUGGUCAUUGAAAAACAGCAGCAUAGACAGUGGCGAAGCAGAAGUUGGUCGGCGGGUGACACAGGAAGUCCCACCAGGGGUGUUUUGGAGGUCACAGAUUCACAUCAGUCAGCCCCAGUUCUUAAAGUUCAACAUCUCCCUGGGGAAGGAUGCCCUCUUUGGUGUCUACAUACGGAGAGGACUGCCACCGUCUCAUGCACAGUAUGACUUCAUGGAACGCCUGGAUGGAAAGGAGAAGUGGAGUGUGGUCGAGUCGCCCAGGGAACGCCGUAGCAUCCAGACUCUGGUGCAGAAUGAGGCCGUGUUUGUGCAGUACUUGGAUGUGGGCCUGUGGCACCUGGCCUUCUACAAUGACGGCAAGGACAAGGAGAUGGUUUCCUUCAAUACAGUCGUCUUAGAUUCAGUGCAGGACUGUCCACGUAACUGCCACGGGAAUGGCGAAUGUGUGUCUGGACUGUGUCACUGCUUCCCAGGAUUCCUAGGUGCAGACUGUGCUAAAGCUGCCUGCCCCGUCCUGUGCAGUGGGAAUGGACAGUAUUCCAAAGGAACAUGCCAGUGCUACAGUGGCUGGAAGGGGGCAGAGUGUGAGGUGCCUAUGAACCAGUGCAUUGAUCCUUCCUGUGGGGGCCACGGCUCCUGCAUUGAUGGCAACUGCGUGUGUGCUGCUGGCUACAAGGGGGAGCACUGUGAGGAAGUUGACUGCUUGGAUCCCACCUGCUCCAGCCAUGGUGUCUGUGUGAAUGGAGAGUGUCUAUGCAGUCCUGGCUGGGGUGGUCUCAACUGUGAGCUGGCAAGAGUCCAGUGUCCAGACCAGUGCAGUGGGCAUGGCACUUACCUCCCUGACUCUGGCCUCUGCAGCUGUGAUCCGAACUGGAUGGGUCCCGACUGCUCCGUUGGUAAGCCAAGAGAUCGUCUCCUCACUUUCCCACACUCGAACCUGGUGUUCCAUCACAUUCUGGCUGGAUGGAAAUCUCGUCUUUACACUUGGGAUAAGAGGGACUUUGGUCAGUCUUAUGGUACCUUUCUCACUCUCGUCUCUUUAGCCAUGGAGUCUUCAGUCUUUGAGAAUGAAAAGAAAAAUCAAAUGAUUGUGUUGGUUCCUGUCCCUCUUUGGGUCCAUCACCACAAAUGGAUGACGGGCCCAGGAGAGAUGAUUCUGCUUACAUUAUAG